UCUCCGCCCACUAGUGCUGCACCAGGAUCUGAAUCAAGGCAACCCUGAUCUCCACACAGCAGAGAACUACAGUGCAGAAGCCUGGAAACAGAAAGAGCCAAAUCCAACACAAGAUCAUGGCUGUCUCACAUGAUGAGGACUACUACUACCAUGAAAACAUCAGCCUCAACUACAGCUAUGAGGACUAUCCAGCACUGUGUGAGAAGGGUGAUAUCCGAUCUUUCGCUGCCUACUUCCUUCCCAUCAUGUACAGUCUGUGUUUAGUUGCAGGACUGACAGGAAACGUUCUGGUCCUGGCAGUAUACGCUUACCACAAACGGCUAAAGACCAUGACGGACACAUUCCUGAGCCACUUGGCCGUGGCCGACUUGUUGCUUCUCUUUACGUUGCCUUUCUGGGCCGCUGAUGCCGCCAGAGGCUGGGAGUUGGGGGACACCGUCUGUAAAAUCGUGUCGGCCUGCUAUACCUUGAACUUCAACUGCUGCAUGUUGCUGUUGGCCUGCAUCAGCUUGGACCGCUACCUGGCAGUUCUCAGACUGCAGGGUGAAGCUGAAAGAGGGAGAUUACAGAGGCUUUUUAACAGGAGGCACUGCUGGAAAUGGUGCUUAGCUGUCUGGGGAACGGCCUCUCUUCUUGGUCUACCAGAUUUAAUCUUCUCAGAAGUAUUGUGGACAUCACAUAGGAAUGUCUGCGUGGCCAUCUACCCUUCAUCUAUGGCUCGAAGUGCUAAAGGUAUCCUGGAGGUGGCUGAGGUUCUACUGGGAUUCCUCCUUCCUCUCCUGGUCAUGGUGAUCUGCUACUGGUCUGUUGGUCGAGCUCUGAAAAGCCUACCCAUUGAGAGCAGGGGGAAGAAGUGGAGAGCUCUGCGGGUUCUCCUGAUAGUAGUGGGGGUGUUUGUCAUCACUCAGCUUCCAUACAAUGUGCUAAAACUGCACCGUGCCAUGGAUUUAGUGUACAUAUUUGUGACCCACUGUGGGACAAGCAAGGUGCUUGAUCAAGCAGCCCAGGUGACGGAAAGCCUUGCACUUAUUCACUGCUGCAUUAACCCAAUCCUUUACGCCUUUAUGGGGUCCUCCUUCAGGCAGCACAUGGUGAAAGUUGCUAAGAACUUUGGAGAGAAGAGAAGAAGGAGAAGGAGGCCACAAGGAAGGGAUGAAGAGUUGGACAUGUCGUUUAAUUCUCACAGUGUAACUCUGGAGACAAACUCGUUCUCAGUUUAAGUUCAUCCCAUUGUUCUCAAACUGUUUUACUGGGUUACCUUUAAUGGUCUUCAAAGUAUAUUGUGUCAACCAUGCAUGUAAUUAGCCUGAAGAGUUAAUCAGCUGCCAACUGGAGCUACCUACACUACAGCCAAAUGAGGAAACUCUUUAAUCCAAAAUGGACGUUCUGUUUCAAACAAAAAAUGCUUUAAAGAGAAGCAGGAAAGAGAACAUCUGAGAAAUCAAAGAUACACUGAAGUGGUUAACAAUUAAUAAAGAAUGGAUGCAGGUGGCUACCUCUGAAUUUGAAAUAUGGGUCUAGAAAAACAUUCAUCCAAUCGUUACAUGUUCCAUGCCAAAGGACAGAGGGAUAUGAUGAUGACUGAUAUUUUCUCUCUGCACUUCGAAGUCUGAUUUGUCAAUUCCAAGUUGGAAUAGCAGCAGCAAAACAUCAAAAAAAAAAAAGUGACCAUCUAUGAAAAGCUGACUAACAGUAUUAUAGGUUAAUAUCAGUUACUUUACUUCAUAACCUUUGAUGUCUUAUGUUACAAAACAUCUUUAUUGAUAAAAGCAGUAAAAUUUUCUCUUUAGAAAAGAAUCAAUGAAACAGAAAUGAAGAAAUAAAUGUUUUAAUAAUAUUGGAUUUUUAGGUUUGUUGUGAUAAGAAGCCUCUGACUUCCUAACUUAAAAUCCUUGCCUAAAUGGAUAUUUAUGAAAAUGUUUUUUUUCCCCCAAUUUCUUUCUCUUUAUGGUUUUGUAAAAGUAUUUAUCAACCUAGAAAUAAAAAUUAGUCUUGUUUUAAUAGUUUUAAAAUGUAAAAUAAUAGCAGUACUUCUUUUAAAACAUAUGAAAACAACUGAUGUUAUCUAUUAAACUAGGUGAGUAUUUCAAUGCGGAAUUGAAUUAAAACAUGAAUUAUACAAUAUAUGCACAUGCUUUGAUCGUCUCAUAGAUUUGUAUCAGAAUUAAUUUCCUUCACAUUGAAAAAACAGGUUAUUACAAAUAAGAACAAAUAUGGACUUUUGAAAAUAAAACCUCUUCUUCCUAGACACUAAUGUUGAGCGGGCUUUUAAAGCAACCUUUAGAGCUCUUUUCAUUUUAUAGACUUACAAACUGGCUUAGAUUUCACCCGUUUCUCUCCAAAAUGAAGCCGGUAAAGUGGUGCCGACUGCCAGUACCUUUUGUACAUCUGUCAAAGAAAGCAUUCCUGGAUCAGUGGGAUCUUAAACACUGUCAGCUGUAGUGGAAUGCUUGGUUCUUCUUCCUGUAAAAAAAGGGAGUAUUUCUCUCCACUGUUGCCACAAGCAUGCUUGGUAGGAGGGUUGCUGUAGAGGAAAUGAUAAUGCAAGCGUCUGUCCUCUGUCUCUAUAUGCCGUUUUAGAAGAAGUGAAUACUGAAAGUCGGUAAGUUCAUGCAAGCUGCUGGGUUCGUUUAGAUGAAAGUCUUUUUGAUAAAGUACACAGUUUGAUCUAAUUUAAUUAAGUGCCUUGAGAUUACAUUUUGUGAAUUUGUACCAUAUAAACAGAUUUACCUGAGCUGAAUUGUUUUAAUUGUAUAAGAAAUAUUUAUAUUUUCAGUUGAUUAUAACAAGCUAACUUUCUAAUCAAAAAGCUAGAGCCAAUAUAUAGAUAUAUUUUUGAUCAAAGCAUAUCUGUAAAUCCUUUUCUCUUGAGACUAGAUUGAUAAACAUCCAAGCUUUCAUCCCUUUAACUGCACAGCUAGUGUUCCCGUCUUUGCUGAAACAUUAUUUAGUUUAAACUAUUUAUAUAGACAUCCCAGUGCUUAUAUAAAGUUAUGAGGGACAUAUUUCUCCUGGCUUUCACUGAGUUUAACCCUCUGAUCAGCUCAAACAGUUCAAAGUACACAUAAGAUGAAACUCUUGAACUUUAGACAAACAAAACGAAGCUGUGUUUUAUAGGAGAUUUAUAUUCUAGUAAUUUAUUGCUCAUUCUAAUCAUAUCCAGAGUGAGCAAAUGCACCAGAUGUCCUUGAUGGUGCACAUAUGUACUUCUGCUAAUCAAACACACAUGCCUUCUCUGACUCUGAAUAAAGCUUGGGCACCUUUUUUUGG